ACCGGUUUCAGAAACUAACAAUGGCGUCGAGUCUGAACCCAACAUAUGCCUACACGGUGGUGUACGUCAAGGACGUCGCCAAAUCCAUAGCCUUCUACUCCAAAGCCUUCGGGUACGCGGUACGUCGUAUAGACGAGUCUCACAGUGGGCAGACGACUAUAGCAUUCACACCGAAACACCAGCACGAGACGGACGAUCUCACCGGAAAAGUUCAGAAGCCGAGCUCCGGGGAAGAAAGGCAGCCCGUUGAGGUUUGCUUUGAUUACCCCGACGUCGCCUAUAAAAGGGCGGUGGAGAACGGAGCGGUGGCGGUGAGUGCGCCGGAACAGAAAGAGUGGGGACAGAAAGUUGGGUAUGUACCUAAACAGGUGAGGAUGGGAAGCUACGUCAACGAACCUAAACAGGGUUAAAUUUAGUAGUGUUUUUGUGUGCUGAUGAGCUGAUGAUGAAUAAGUGUUUUUGUGUUUCCCUCUGUAACUAAUAAAGCUAGAAGAUGAAGGGCUUGUCAACAAGAUGAAUGUACGCGCAAAAUGAAAGUGUAAACUCAUUUUCUCGAUCAAGGCUAGGGUCCGUGAUUUCUAUGACUUCUCAUCAAAUAGGUUUAUAGAGAUGUGUAUAUCAAUAUUGUCUAGGAGAUCAAGAAGACAUGUCAUGCCUUGUAUAUUGGUAAGUAAUCGCACUCCAUUAAUAUAGACAUCUCAUGAGCAUAUUUACUG